GGCUGACAGCCCCACUCAGACCUUCCAGAAAAUAGGUGGAGGUUCACGUAGGAAGGGCGCAGGACCCAGGCGUCCCCAAGCUUCCAGCUUGGGCAGGGUCGGCUUUACCAGGCCAUUGCCUCCCUCAUGCUCCACCUCAACUCCCCCCUUCCCGGAGCCUGGGGACAGGUGUCCCUGGCCCCCUCCCCCACCUCCCCCUCUUGGCUCUAGCAGUCUGUGAGCAAUAUGAGGAUGGCACGGUUCCCGCCUGACUGGCCUCCGGGUUGGGUUUGUGGCCUCUCUCAGACCCCAGUCUACUGUUGAAGUUCCAGGACAGGGGGAAGGGAGGAGGAGGGGGAGGGGGAGGACAAAACCCUGAACUACACCUGCCUCCAGAGGGUGUGCCAUUCCUCAGUCUGGCCCGCCCUUCCUAAGCCCCAGCAAAGGGGCAGGGUCUCUGCUCACCGUUGAGUCUCAGGAGUGUCUAUGGGAGAAUGUAAGACGCUUUUGGAGAAAGCCCUAUACUGAAAGGGUCCCUCUGCCCUUCAUUCACCUCUGUGCCUACCACCUGCCCUGCCUUGGCCAGGGAGGCAGUGUGGAAGAAGGGAAAAUGAGGAGGAGAGGGUGCUUUGGAGCCUGGCAGAACGAGCUCACCUCUCCUGUUUCAAAGAUGGGGAAACUAAGGCCCGGAGACGGGAAGAGACUUGCCCAAGGUUCCACAGGUCCCCUGGAAGUGACGCUGACUCAGCCAGUGAGGAGCGGGCCUGUCUCCAACAGGCUGCAGAGCUGGGAGGAGACUUGGAGCCUCAUCCCGGAGAAAGGGCUGCCGGAGGAUGACCCGGACACCGUUGUGAAAGGUUGGCUGUACCGGGAGCCCCGCGGAGGAGGGGCGCGGCCCUGGCUGCCCCCGCGCCGAGCCUGGUUUGUGCUCACGCGGGACUCCCUGGAUCAGUUCAGCAGCAGCGGGAAAGGGGCGCGGCGUCUCGGGAGCCUCGUGCUCACCAGCCUGUGCUCGGUGACCGGCCCAGAGCGCAGGCGUAAGGAGACAGGUCUGUGGUCAGUGACUGUGUCUGGUCGGAAACACAGUGUCCGCCUCUGCUCCCCACGCCAGGCAGAGGCUGAGCGCUGGGGGGUGGCAUUGCGGGAAGUGAUCGCCUCCAAGGCACCCCUGGAGACCCCCACCCAGCUACUGCUCAGGGACAUACAGGAAAGUUGCGGGGACCCAGAGGCCGUUGCCCUCAUUUACCUGAGGAACCCGAUUCUGAGACACACUAGUGGAGCCUUGUACGCCCCGCUCCUGCCCCUGCCCUAUGGAGUCAGUGCCCCAGGUCCGGGCUAUGCACCCCUGCGCGAGGAGGCGGUGCGGCUGUUCUUGGCGCUGCAGGCGCUGGAGGGGGCGCGGCGCCCCGGGCCCUUGAUGCAGGGUGUGCUCCAAACCUGCCGGGACUUGCCCGCGCUCCGGGAUGAACUCUUCCUGCAGCUGGCUAAGCAGACCUCGGGCCCUGCAGGUCCCCCCGGGCUCCCGGCUACCCAAGACCCUGCGGCCCUGCGGUACUGGCAACUCCUCACCUGCAUGAGCUGCACCUUCCGACCUGGGGGAGCUGUGCGGGGGCACCUCCUGGGGCACUUGGAGAGGACCGAGCAGGCACUCCCGGACUCGGAACUGGCGGAAUAUGCGCGCUUCAUCCGGAAAGCACUGGGCCGGACGCGCGGCAGAGAGCUGGUGCCCUCGCUGGCGGAGAUUUCCGCGUUGAGCCAACGGCAGGAGCUGCUGUGUACCGUGCACUGUCCGGGGGCUGGUGCCUGUGCUGUGGCCAUCGACUCCCACACCACGGCGGGGGAGGUGGCUCGAGAGCUGGUGGGGCGGCUGGGCUUGGCGCGGAGCCGCAACGCAUUCGCGCUGUACGAGCAGCGAGGGGCCCAGGAGCGAGCCCUGGCUGGGGGGACCCUCGUGGCCGACGUGCUCACCAGGUUUGAGAACUUGGCGGCGGAGGAAGCUGGGUUGGAGGACUCGCCCGACUCCGGGUGGAGACUAUGUCUGCGUCUUCACGGACCUCUGCACCCUGAGGGGCUGUCCCCAGACGGUCACGAACUGCCUUUCCUCUUUGAGCAGGCUCACGCUCUGCUGCUGCGGGGCCGGCCGCCCCCACCCGACGACACGCUGCGCGCCCUGGCGGCGCUGCGCCUGCAGAGCCUGCACCGGGACUUCUCUCCGCGGGUGCCCCUGCCCCGCCUGGACCGCCUGCUCCCGCCCCCGGCCCCGCCGCGCGAAGACCCGCCCCGCCCGACCCCCAGGCCGCCCCCUUCCGCUGCCCUGCUGGCCGGGGCGCUCUGGACCCCGGGCCUGGCCAAGAGGCGGGCGGAGCGGGCCCGGCGCGGCGGGGCCGGCCGCACUGCGGGAAGCAUUGCCCGCGAGGGAGGAGGCGGCGCCGGCACGGCAGCUGCCGUGCUGGGCGGCUGGAAGCGGCUACGGGGCAUGGGCCGAGCUGAGGCCAUGGCCACCUACCUGGCCCUGGCGGCGCAGUGUCCGGGGUUCGGCGCUGCUCGGUAUGACGUUCUGGAGCUGAGCACGGAGCCUGGUGGGGGUGCUCCACAGAAGCUGUGCCUGGGCUUGGGAGCCAAGGCCAUGUCCCUCUCCCGGCCAGGGGAGACAGAGCCCAUCCACAGUGUCAGCUAUGGCCAUGUGGCCGCCUGCCAGCUAAUGGGCCCCCACACCCUGGCCUUGAGGGUGGGAGAGAGCCAGCUUCUCCUGCAGAGCCCCCAGGCGGAGGUUGCAGUGAGCCAAGGCACUUCAGCCUGGCAACAGAGCAAGACUCCGUCUCAACAACAACAACAACAACAAAAAAUGUUAGAAGAGCAGAAAGAACCAAGUAUAACUGGCGCACAUAGAAGUGAAGGAGAGAGGCCGGCCGUGGUGGCUUACGCCUGUAAUCCCAGCACUUUGGGAGGCCGAGACGGGUGAAUCACGAGGUGGAAGAGAUCAUGCAGCUGGUGAAUGCCUACUUGGCCAACCCCUCCCCCGAGAGGCCCUGCAGCAGCUCUUCUCCUCCAUGCCAAGACCUGCCAGACACCUCCCCUCCCAGCCAGCGCCCGGGCCUGGACGAGCCCCA